AAUGACAAAACAACAACCAAAGCAACAACAACACCAAUUUUAUUCUUCAACUUUAAUUGCUUCAAUUAAAGAUAACCAAAUAUUUAUUCCUGCAUUUGUUACAUUAAUUAUUUUGGUUAUUACUUCUCUGGUAUUUUUCUUCUAUAAACGUAGCAAGGCAAAGGCUAAUACAAUUUUGAUUAUUGGACCGUCGGGAUCUGGAAAGUCUACAAUUUUUGGAAAGCUUGUUAAUCAAAAAAAUGAAUGGUCUACAGUUUCUUCUGUUCAAGAAAACAUUUAUUCUGACUAUCUCUGCAAAGACGGAUUGGACAAACCUUUCAUUUUGGUAGAUUAUCCAGGUGCUGAAACCUUUCGAAAGGCUUUAUUUAAUAAAUGGUUUAAUGAGCAAAUUAAUUCUGUUUGUUGUGUUAUCUUUGUGGUUGAUAGCGCUACUUUUUCGAAAAAGGACGUUGCCGAGUAUCUUUAUGAUGUUCUCUAUGAAACUAAAAAUACAAAGAUUCCGGUUUUGGUGGUUUGUAACAAACAAGAUUUGGCUCAUGCUAAGGCUGGACAGUUAAUUGAGAAAUUAAUUGAACAAGAAUUUGGUUUAAUUAAUAUUUCUCGUGAAGCUGCUCUUUCGCUUACUGAAGGUUCUGGAGAUUUGUCGUUGGCUGAACAACAAAAAAUUUUGACAAAUAAUGGACAGGAAUUUAAAUGGGAAAAUUUGAAUGAUGGCAAGAAUAAGAAGGAACGUCCACUCUUUGUUGAAUGUAGUGCUAUUGAACAAGAAAAAGAAAAUAAUGAAUUUUCUUUGGAUCCUUUGCGUAAAUGGAUUGGUGAAAAAUGUAGCUGUUUUUAGAGGAUAGAAGAAGAAAUUAAAUUGAAGAUGACAAUGAUUUUUGGAUGAGGGAGAGGUUUUUUAAUUUAUUUGGAAUGUUUGAUUUUUUAGUUAAAAAAGGAUAUUUUUCAUUGAGACAACAGUAAGGGCGGUUAAAAAAUUUUUUUUCGAAAAUUUUUUUGGAGAGCGGUUUGGGGGGUAAUUUUUGGAGGAAACAAGAAACUUUUGAAUUUUUAAAAUUAAAUAUAUUAUAGCCGCCUUUCUCGUU